AGUGUGUACGUUUCCUUAUUCUAUUGUUGUUCCUCCUCGUACACUUCUCUAGUCACCAUUUUUCUCUGAAAUUUAUGAAACUGUUCUCCACUUUUCGUGUUCGAAUCUACUUCUUUAUUCCUUUUUAGUCCCUUUGAAAAGCUAAGGAGUUGGGGGUAUGACGUGACCCCUUUCAUUGGUUUUCUCUGCUCUUCUUAGAACAAAUAAUCGAGUACAGCCUCCUCGAAGUUGAGACUAGUAAUCGCAGCCUUGUUCAAUAUCAGGACAAAUUACUCUUCCAGAAAAGAUAUUAUGAUCACUAUGGAUGUAAAAGGCAUAACUUGGGUAGGAAAUAUGUACCACAAGUUUGAGAAUAUGUGCUUGGAGGUGGAAGACAUGAUGUACGAGGAUGCAGUUAAAUACAUGAAGAGUCAGAUGCAGAUUGUCGGGAAAAGUGUUAAAAAGUUAUAUUCAGAUAUUAUGGGAGAUUUACUUCCUCCAGAUGAAAAGGAAGACACUGAAUUGCCUAUAGAUCAAUAUACUAAUGCUGGAUUCUGUAAGAAGCAAUUCCAAUUUUUUAAGGAAAAACCAGUAAAGGAUGAUAUCAAGCAAACAACUGAGGAUUUGAGGAUUGAUCAUGAUGUUGAUAAUGAGGCCAUACACACUGCAUCGUAUGAUGGAACUUGUGAGAUCUCAAAUGAAAAUCAAAAUCAGAAUCAUGGAAUUAGUGCUUCAAAGCUAUCUUCAGCUGAAGUGACAAGGCUUGCCUCUGAAGCAGAUUCUUUGAAUGAAAUUGAAAAUGCUAGUACUAAACAAUUCCCCAGUGAUCAGGUACUAGUUAGAUCAGCUGAAGAGAAAGAGAUUAAUAUGCGUUCUUCUUCCUCUUGUGUCGCACUUGAAGAGCCGGUUGAACAAGGCCAUAAAACCAUGCAACAAGAUCAUCUGAAGCUUGAGCAAAGCUGCGUUAUGGUGAAUGGACAUGAAAUUCAAUUACCUCCCAAAGCAGGUGGUAAUUUAAAUAAUAACAAGAAAAAGAAGCAAGCCUUUUCUUUGUCUAAGAAGUCUGCAAGAAAGCAAGAGUAUAAGGAGCUUGCAGCAUGGCAUGAGAAAAGUGAAAAAGUAAAGGGAUAUUGCAUGGAGAAUUUAGAUCCAACUUUAGCAGAGGAUCAAAAGAAAUUACUGCUUCCUAGUGUGUCUGAACCUGAUUGGGAGCUUAUCUAACUCUUAAAUACCAAAUUGAUAAAAUUGUGUUUAUAUACACACACUCAAUGCUACAAAUUUGGACUCACUCAUUAGUCUUUAUGAAGAAGAUUAAGAUGCCCCUACUGGAAAUAUCUGAUGCUGACAUGUUAAAUUCAUACAAUAUUUCUUUUAUUUAUAGUUAUUUCCUAGCUCCUUAACUUCCCCCUACUCCAACCUUUUCUUUUUCCUUCUCACAGAAAAGAGAAAAGGGAAGCUGUAAUUAGAUGAUUCAAAUGAGAACCACCAAAUAGAAUAGUCUAUGAAACUUCUAUUAUCAUAUUUUCCAUUGAUUGCCAUUGU